CCCCUUGCCAUUUUUUUUUUAUUCGAAAAAAGAAAAAAAAGGAAAAAAAAUCUCUCUCCGGUAUAAAUCUCACCUACGCUUGUUUAAAAAACAAAUCUUGACUUCCUUCCCCCUCGUCUUCUUUGCCUUCCAUCCGCUUUAAAAAAAAUCCUCUCCUACUAAAUUGCUCGUAAUCUAAUCCUAUUCCUCUCCUUCCCACCCUCAUUCCCCACCUCAAGAUAUUUCCAAAGAUAUUCUCCGAAUCUUCUCUCCCCUUUCCUUCCCUUGUCUUUCUUCUUCUUCUUCCCGUGUUCUCUUUCUUCUUUGGUUCGGCUUUCUUGGUAUAGUUCUUGGAUCACUGAGUCUCCUUGAUGUAUAGCCAUGUGCUUGGAGAAUUUAGGCGAGGGUGGUGAAAAAAUGGAAACUUUGGGCCGGUGCAUGAACCCAAAUGAGAAAAGUUCUGAUCUUGCCAAGGCUCAUGUAUGAAAGAGGCAAAGAUCAGGCAAUAUAUACAGGAAGAUAGAUGAACAUGUAGAGAAAGAUUACAGGCGCAAAAACAAUAGAAGUCAUGGUAUUCUUAUGGACACCCCACUCAAGUAGAUGGAAAGAAUAUGUGAGAGUACAGUGGCCAUAGACAGCAAGCAAAACCUGUUAAUAGACUUUGUCCCAGUCACUCGAUCAGGGGACUGGUCUGAUAUUGGCAGUCGGGAGUAUAUGGAAGAUACCCAUGUGUGCAUCUCUGACUUAGCUAAGAAGUAUGGUUAUCACUCACUGGAUCAGGAGACUGUUUCUUUUUAUGGAGUAUUUGAUGGACAUGGAGGGAAAGGUGCUGCACAUUUUGUCCGUGACAAUUUACCUAGGGUCAUUGUGGAAGAUGCUGAAUUCCCUAUCGAGCUUGAAAGGGUAGUUACAAGAUCAUUUAUGCAAACUGAUACUCAGUUUGCAAAGAUAUGUGCUGUUCAGUCCACCUUGUCAUCUGGGACAACGGCACUUACCGCAAUGAUAUUUGGAAGAUCUCUAUUAGUUGCUAAUGCUGGAGACUGUCGAGCUGUGCUUUCUCGACUUGGGUUGGCAGUAGAAAUGUCCAAGGAUCACAGGCCCUGUUGUAUCAAGGAAAGAAAUCGUGUUGAAUCCCUUGGUGGCUACAUCGAUGAUGGAUACUUGAAUGGUCAGCUGGCUGUGACCCGAGCUCUUGGUGAUUGGCAUCUGGAGGGCAUGAAAGGUAUUGGCGAGCGUGGUGGACCCUUGAGUGCUGAACCAGAGCUUAAGAUGAUUACUUUAACGAAAGAUGAUGAGUUCCUGAUAAUAGGCAGUGAUGGUAUAUGGGACGUCUUCUCGAACCAAAAUGCUGUAGAUUUUGCUCGGAGGAGGCUCCAAGAACACAAUGAUGUGAAAUUGUGUUGCAAGGAAUUGGUUGAGGAGGCAAUAAGGCGAGGAGCUAUGGACAAUCUGACUGCAGUUAUGGUAUGCUUCCACUUGGACCCCCCUGCUCGGAUGAGGGUGCACAGGACUAGAGUACCAAGGAGCAUAUCAGCUGAAGGACUUCAUAGCCUUAGGUGCCUUUUAGGAGCUUAAACAAAGGCAGACUUUGCCUUUGUACGCUCAUGCUACAUGCUUUGUCCACAUAUUUUGUUUGCCUAAUUCUAUUAUGAAGGUGUCCUAGCAGAAAUUCAAAGUGUUGUAUUGUCAUUGAUGGAAUGAGUCGUUGAAAGAGCUUAGUUUGUAAAGUAUACAUUUUGAGUUGUUUGUAAAUUAUUAGCUGGAGUGAUGGUGCAUCCAGGGUUCUUUGAGCCUGUUGUGAUGUUUAGGCAUGGAUGUGCAUGUUUAGGUAUGGAUGUGCGUGCAAAUAAAAUAGAUUGAUACUGAGAAUUGUAUCAUGUAAUUUAUAUGUAUAAACUAAAAUGCCACUGAUCAUUGAUGCAACAAAAAUGCAUUUUGCUGGUA